AUGUGCUACAUUAAGUUUAUGUGUGCUGCAGUAGGUUUACAUGAUGCAUUACAGUUCUGCAAGAUCCGGCAGGCGGGCAGUGGCAAGGAGAUGAAGUCGAGUGUUCUGCAAGAUCCGGCAGGCGGGCAGUGGAAGGAGAUGAAGUCGAGUGCGGGCAGCGGCAAGGAGAUGAAGGCGAAAGGGCCCAAGGAGAAGAAGCUUGUACUCACUACAGAGGACCUCGCUGCUGCAUUGAAAGAGGUGGAGAUGUGCGAGAGAGGAGUAGCACAGGAGGGUGGUGUGACAGAGGAGAGAAGAGAAGGAGGAGAGGGAGUAGAUGCUGAGAAAGGGGGGGAGACAGUGGAGAAGCAACAGCAGGAGGAGAGGGAGAAGGGUGUUGAAAAUGAGGCUGAUAUCGACGAAAAUAAUGGCAGUAGGGAGGAGUAUUACCUCCUUUCUCCUGUUGAGGAGGACGGAGAUGCAGACGAGGUGUUGACGGUUGACGAUGCCUUUGAUUCCAUAGGUUUCGGCCCUUAUCAGCUCUUCCUCGUGUGCUAUACUGGCCUUGCAUGGCUCGCUGAUGCCAUGGAGAUGAUUCUGCUCUCCUUCGUGGGACCAGCGGCGCGGUGUGAGUUUGGACUUUCAGCAGCAGAGGAGAGCCUCAUAGCGAGUGUGGUGUUCCUGGGUGUAUUUUUGGGCUCCUACGUGUGGGGCCUCGUGGCAGAUGCCUACAGCAGAAGGAGAGGGUUCACCAUGACACCGCUGCCCUCUUCACAAUCAGCCACCUCUCGUCUCUCUUGCUCCCAUGCUCUCAUCUUCUGUCUGUCCAUAUCAGGGGCUCCUACGUGUGGGGCCUCGUGGCAGAUGCGUAUGGAAGGAGGAGGGGGUUCAUGGCCUCUGCUCUCUUCAACUCAAUUGCCUCGUGUUUCUCUGCCUUUCCUUGUCUCUCAUCUUCCUUUUCACUCAUCUUGCAUCCGCAAUGCCAGGGGCUCCUACGUGUGGGGCCUCGUGGCAGAUGCCUAUGGAAGGAGGGGGUUCAUGGCCUCUGCUCUCUCAAGUGAAACACCUCAAUCCAACGGCAUCUCGUCUCUCUUCCUCCCAUGCUCUCAUCUUCUGUCUGUCCAUAUCAGAGGCUCCUAUGUCUGGGGCCUCGUGGCAGAUGCCUACGGAAGGAGGAGGGGGUUCAUGGCCACUGCUCUCUUCACUCUCUUCGCUGGCUUGCUCAGUGCGUGGUCACCCACCUUCCUCGCCCUCCUCAUCUCUCACUGCCUUGUGGGGUUUGGCAUCGGAGGGGCUUCUGUGCUACUCUCUCACUCAGUAUUCUCCUCUCCUCUUCCCUCUUCCCUCCACCACACAGUGCGUGGUCGCCCACCGUCCUCACUCUCCUCAUCUCUCGCUGCCUUGUGGGGUUUGGCAUCGGGGGGGUGGUGGUUGCCGAACAUCCCCUCACCAUCCCUCCCUUCCUUCCCCCACACCACACCACACAGUGCAUGGUCCCCAACCUUCCUCACUCUCCUCGUCUCGCGCUGCCUCGUGGGGUUUGGCAUCGGGGGGGCAUCCGUGGUCUUUUCCCUCUGCUCCGAAUUCCUUCCCUCCCACUGUCGGGGUUUCUGGCUCGUGUUUAUCGAGUUCUUCUGGACGAUUGGGUCGCUAAUAGAGGCGGCGCUUGCUUGGGCAGUCAUGCCGAGCCUACACUGGAGGGCCCUAGUGCUCCUCUCUGCUGCGCCCUUUGCUCUUCUGCUGCUGCUCUACCUUCCUUCCCCAGUCACAAUACACCUUUCUCCUCUUGCUCCUCUCCCUCCCUUCCUCUCCUUUUUUCCCACCCUGUGUCUGUCUCGUCCUGUCUUCCCUCCCUCCCUCCCUCUCGUCUUGCCUUCUCUCCCCUUCCCUUACCCUCCCUGCCCAUCCCUUCCCCUCCAUGCCCCUCCCACCUCUUGCCUCUCUUCCAGCGUUUUAGUGCUCCUCUCUUCAGCACCUUUGCUCUUCUGCUGCUGCUCUACCUUCCUUCCCGAGUCACAAUACACAUUUCUCCUCUCGCUCCUUCCCCCUUCCUCUCCUCUUUCCCCACACUGCCCCUCUCUCGUUUUUCCCUCCCUCCCUCCCUCCCUCCCUCCCUCCCUCCCUCCCUCCCUCCCUCUCCGUUUGCCUCCACCCCAGGAUGCUAGUUCUCCUCUCUGCUACGCCCUUUGCGCUCCUGCUGCUGCUCUACCCUUUCCUUCCCGAAUCGCCUCGGUUUCUCCUGGUCAGUAA